CCCUCUCUCUCGCGAGAAUACUUAACUUUCAACCUCUCCCUCUCCGCCCCACUCGCGAGGCUAGAAGAGAUCGCUACAUUUCCGUCUGCUUCUGUGCUUUUCAGUGACGAGCGUGAUCGAAGAUCGCCGAUCGAAGGCGAAGCUCUCAUGGCGGCGUCGGCGUCCGAGAAGCAAGUGAUGGUGGUCGGAGUCGACGAGAGCGACUACGGCGUCCACGCGCUCGAGUGGACGAUCGACCACUUUUUCGCUCCCUCGAUGCCCGAUUCUCCGUUCAAGCUCAUCGUCGUCCACGCGAAAGCCUCCGCUUCCUCCGCCGUCGGCCUCGUUGGACCCGGAGCUGCUGAAGUAUUUCCGGUCGUGGAAGCUGAUUUGAAGAGGAGAGCCGCGAGAGUUGUGGAAAAAGCCAAGGAACUUUGCACGAGUAAAUCGGUUCAUGAUGUGACAAUUGAAGUGGUGGAAGGCGAUGCGAGGAAUGUUCUUUGCGAUGCUGUUGAAAAACACCAUGCCUCAAUUCUGGUAGUUGGAAGCCAUGGUUAUGGAGCCAUAAAAAGGGCUGUCUUAGGUAGCGUGAGUGACUACUGUGCUCACCAUGCUCAUUGCACCGUGAUGAUCGUGAAGAAGCCCAAGACUAAACACUGAGUUCCCUUCUCUGCUUCUGCAGAAAUCUGUAUGGCGUCUGGGUUCUGUCAUAUUGUGGACUCUGAUAUAUAGUUCUGUAU